AAGGGCCGCAACUCUCUCUCGUCGACAACCCCGUUGUCUCAACUCUCAACUGUGUUUAGCAGAACCCUGCGGCUGACUGGGCGCCUUUCAAUCUCCAUUUCUGCUCCAAUCUUUCUUCGAAUCUGAAGAGAGAAGAUGCAUAGUUUGUCCAAUGGGAGACCAGCCGACAUGGCCCAACUUCAAUCCACCCUGCAAGCAAUCGAGCAAGCUUGCAUUUCGAUUCAGAUGCAUAUAAAUCCUGCAGUAGCUGAAGCAACCAUUUUAUCAUUACGUCAAUCUCCUCAUCGUUACCAAACAUGCCAAUUCAUUCUUGAAAAUUCUCAGGUGCCAAAUGCAAGGUUUCAGGCUGCUGCAGCUAUUCGAGAUGCAGCGAUAAGGGAAUGGGGGUUUCUUACAGCUGAUGAUAAGAAAAGCUUGGUAAGUUUUUGCCUCUGUUUUAUCAUGCAAAAUGCAAGUUCACCUGAUGCAUAUGUCCAAGCAAAGGUUGCAGCUGUGGGGGCACAAUUAAUGAAAAGAGGCUGGCUAGAAUUCCCGGAUGCUGAAAAGGAUGCAUUUCUUUCUGAGGUAAAGCAGGCUGUUCUUGGGAAUCAUGGUGUAGAUGCUCAGUUCAUGGGGGUCAAUUUCCUGGAGUCCUUGGUGUCAGAAUUUUCACCCUCUACUUCAUCUGCCAUGGGCCUUCCUAGAGAGUUUCAUGAACAAUGCCGAAUUACGCUAGAGCGGGACUAUCUAAAGAAAUUCUACUGCUGGGCACAAGAUGCUACUUUGAGUGUCACAAACAAAGUAGUAGAGUGUGAUUCCACUGCCAUAGAAGUCAAAGUUUGUGCUGCUGCACUGCGCCUCAUGUUUCAGAUCAUGAAUUGGGAGUUCCAAUGCAACAAAAGUGCUCUUGAUCUUGCCAAGAAGGGUUUAAACAUGUUUUCUUCUGGAGUUCGGAAUGAUACUGUAAUGCUUAAGAAGUCUGAGUGUGUGCUGGUGCAGCCUGGUCCUGCAUGGCAUGAUGUAUUGAUUUCAAGUGGUCAUAUUGGUUGGCUUCUGGGCUUAUAUGGGACUCUGCGACAAAAAUUUUCGUAUGAUAGUCACUGGCUUGACUCUCCAAUAGCAGUUUCUGCUCGACAGCUUAUAGUGCAACUUUGCUCCUUGACAGGGACCGUAUUUCCUUCUGACAAUGGGCAAACACAACAGCAUCACCUGGUUCAAAUGCUGUCUGGAAUUAUCCAAUGGAUUGAUCCUCCUGAUGCUAUUUCAAGUGCGAUUGAAUGUGGAAAAAGUGAAAGUGAGCUUCUUGAUGGUUGCCGGGCAUUACUCUCUAUAGCAACUUUGACUACUCCUAUGAUUUUUCACCAGCUUCUGAAAUCUAUAAGCACUUUUGGUACCCUUAGCCUGUUAUCUGCGUUGAUGUGUGAAGCUGUGAAAGCCUGUUUAGCUAAUAACAAUGAGGAGGAAACUUGGAGUUGGUAUGCAAGGGACAUCUUGUUGGAUACAUGGACUGCCAUUCUUGAGCCGAAGGAUAGUGGUAAGAGUGUUGUUCUUCCACCAGAUGGGAAGAGUGCUGCUGCCAAUGUUUUUGAAUUGAUUGUGCAAUCUGAGCUAAAUGUUGCUGCUGCUUCAGCGUUUGAUGAUGGGGAUGACUAUGAUAACAUUCAGACUUCCAUUUCUGUAAUGGAUGAGAGGUUGAGCUCUUAUGCUCUUAUUGCUCGAGCUGCAAUUGAUGUGACAAUUCCUUUACUUGAUCGACUGUUUUCUGAGCGCUUUUCAUCACUUCAUCAGGGCAGAGGCAAAUCUGAUCCUACACGCACUCUGGAGGAACUUUAUUCUCUAUUACUGAUAAUUGGACAUGUUCUUGCUGAUGAAGGAGAGGGAGAAACACCCUUGGUUCCGGAGGCACUGCAAUGCAAUUUUGUGGAUAUUGUGGAAGCAGAAAAGCAUCCUGUUGUUAUACUUUAUGGGUCAAUCAUCAAGUUUGCUGAACAAAGUUUGGAUCAAGAAAUGAGAGCAGCAUUUUUCAGUCCUCGACUUAUGGAGGCAAUUAUAUGGUUUCUUGCAAGAUGGUCUGCUACAUAUUUAAUGCCACUUGAAAGUGGAAAGCAGUUUAGCUCCAAUAAGCAUGAUCUUCAGCAUGAGCCGCAACUCACUAGAAUUGCUUUACUUAGUUUCUGUGGAGAUCAAAAUCAAGGAAAACUUGUGCUUGAUAUUAUUGUUCGUAUAUCCAUAAUAACACUAGUUUCAUAUCCUGGAGAGAAUGAUCUGCAGGCUCUCACUUGUUGUCAGUUGCUUCCAGUUCUUGUUCGACGAAAUAUCUGUGUUCACCUUGUUACAUUGGAGUCAUGGCAUAAUCUAGCAAGUGCUUUUGCAAAUGACAGAAACUUGUUCUCUUUAAAUGCUAUUCAUCAACGCUCACUUGCAGAGGCUCUUAUUCGCUCAGCUAUUGGCAUGAGCAAUCCAGAGGCAUCCAAUCAGUAUGUGAGGGAUCUCAUGGGACAAAUGACAGCAUACCUAGUAGAUAUAUCCAGUAAGAAUGACCUCAAAGUUGUUGCUCAACAGCCAGAUGCAAUUCUUUCAGUGACCUUCUUGUUGGAGCGGCUAAGAGGAGCAGCCAGAGCCUCUGAACCUCGCACUCAGAAGGCAAUAUUUCAGAUGGGCGUUGCCAUAAUGAACCCUGUUCUGACUCUUCUUGAAACUUACAAACAUGAGUCUGCAGUUGUUUACCUGUUACUUAAAUUUGUUGUUGAUUGGGUGGAUGGACAAAUUGUUUUCCUGGAGGCUAAAGACACUGCAGUUGUUAUAAGCUUCUGCAUGCGCCUGCUUCAACUUUACUCUUCUCAUAACAUUGGCAAGAUAUCAUUGAGUCUUUCAAGUAGUUUGCUGAGUGAAGCUAGCACUGAUAAAUACAAGGACUUGCGUGCUUUACUUCAGCUCCUCACCAAUCUAUGUUCUAAAGAUCUGGUUGACUUCUCUAGAGAUUCUGAUGAGGUUGAGAGCACAGACAUUGCUCAGGUCGUUUACUUGGGUCUGCACAUAGUUACCCCGCUGAUAUCAUUGGACAUGCUGAAAUACCCUAAACUUUGUCAUGAUUAUUUUGCGCUGCUAUCACAUAUGUUGGAAGUUUAUCCUGAAAAGGUUCCACAAUUAAACAGUGAAGCAUUUGCUCAUAUUAUUGGUACCCUUGAUUUUGGUAUUCACCAUCAGGAUACAGAGGUGGUUGACAUGUGCUUGAGAGCUCUAAAAGCACUUGCUUCUUACCAUUACAAGGAGAGAGGUACUGGUAAGGAGGGAUUGGGCUCAUAUGCCUCAGGUCUAAUGGACCCAAACGGGAAACUGCAGGAAGGCAUUUUAAGUCGGUUCCUUAGGUCAUUACUGCAAUUGCUCCUUUUUGAGGACUACAGCACUGAACUUGUCAGCUCAGCAGCAGAUGCUCUCCUCCCAUUGAUCCUUUGUGAACAAGGUUUAUACCAGAGAUUAGCACAUGAAUUGAUAGAAAAGCAGAUGGAUCCAUCACUGAAAUCAAGGCUAGCAAUUGCAUUGCGAUGUCUUACAAGCUCAAAUCAGCUUUCUUCAUCCCUUGACCGGUUGAAUUACCAAAAGUUCAGAAAGAAUCUUUUAAAUUUUCUUAUUGAAGUUCGUGGAUUUUUGCGGACAAUGUGAUGAAUGUAACAUAUAGGAAAUGAGAGAGAGAGAGAGAUGAGUGCUUUGUUUUAUGAGCUAUAUGUUUGCAAGUAAAUCGCUUUAGCAUUGGCAGUUGCAUUUGUAUAUGUCAAAAAUUCAUACCACUGAUUCAUUUAGCUUUCUCUUCAGAAAUUCUUUGGCACAAAGUGCUGCAAA